GAUACGGAUCAACAUUUUCUCAUCGGUCGUCUUACUUUCUUGAAAUUAUUCAGUCUCAUUUUACAUGGGCUUCGCAUUCGAUCAAAGUGGACAGCCCAAUAUGAAGCUUGUUAUCACCAUAUCCACUAUUUUGUAUCUCAUCGCAUUAUGUCAAGCAAUGGACAAAUCAAAAGCAGAUGACAUGAAAAAAGUUGCCAAAAAAGCAUUUGAGAUUUACAAAGAGAUUGACGAAUUAAAGGAUGAAGAGGAAAAUAAGCUACUUGAAGCAUUUGAAAAAAGCCCGCUAAAUCAUUAUAUCGAUUCUCAACCUGAAGUGAAUCCAAACGGAAGCGACAAAGACGAAGUCGAAAAUUCAGAAGGCACAAAAACACUCAUGAAAAUUGCUUGGAAAGUGGCAAACAAGAUGAUGAAAAAAGCCAUCAAUGCCAUCACUUAGAUUAUCGAAAAAAAAAACAGCUGUAGAAUGACAAUUCCGACUGAUAUGAUCAGUGAAUGCUUUUCAAGGGUACUUUUCAAUAGAACUGACUUUAGCACAUUG